AUGUCCUACAGUCAAUCCAGCAAUAAUUCUUCCAAUAGAGGAAGAGGAGGUGGUAGAGGUGGAUAUAACAACAAGGGAGGAGGCUUUUCAAAUAAUACACCAAGACCAACCCACUUCUUUGCAGUGAGAAUUAACUCUCCACAAACUAUCAAGGAUUUAGUCGAGUGGCAACAAUCAGUCCUCUCCGAACAUGACUCACACUCGGAAGAUUAUGAUUUGAGAGAUUAUUUAAUAGAGAAGGAAAGAAUGCACUUUACCUUGUUUGUUUUGACAUUGGAUACUCAAGAUGAUUUGAAGGAUUGUAUUACAGUAUUCCAAAAAUGUCAAGAUGAAUUGAAGAAUAUUGUAAAGAAUAAUUUGGAGGGUGGAAAAUUCUCAUUCAAAUUGUCAGGAGUUCACACAUUUGAGGAUAAGGCAUUUAAGAAGGGAAGAGUUGUCUUUACUGGACCAGAAUUCAGUCAUGAAAAUGGAAGACAAACAUUCCUUGAUGUUUCUCAAUAUAUCAAUGAUAAAUUGAAGGAAAAUGGAUUAACAGUUGAUAAAAUCAAUAAUGAAAUUCACUGUACCUUAGCCAAGACAAGUAAGGUCAAGAAGAAUAAUACUCCAAAAUCAUUCCCUGAAUAUGUAUACAGACACCAAAAAGAUACAGUCUUUGGUGAUAAUGAAAUGAUAACAGAAGUGUUACUCUGUAGAAUGAAAGGACCUGGCUCAAGUGAUGGAUUCUAUCAUAUUGAAGAAACUGUUCAAAUCUAA